UACUUGGAACUCGAUUGGGUGGUGGAUAUCUCUUCCAUGGCCGGAGGUGAGAUACACCGGGGUGAGAUCUACCGGCUCUGGCUCUGGUGGAGCCGUCGGUGGGGAGCGGAGAGACGACGCGCCACCGUCAUCUGGCUCCUCGCCGCCGCCUUCGUGGUACUCCUCCUCGCCGCUGGCUCCCGGGUCGGCGACAAUGCUCUCAGCGAACCGGCGGCGCAUCCGUCCUCGGCUCCAGCUCUCGUCGAGCUCACCCUAGUUCACGACGCCGAGGCGAAGGGUGCAUUAUGCUUGGAUGGGAGCCCGGCCGCGUACCAUCUCACAAAAGGUUUCGGCUCUGGGUCAGACAAAUGGAUCGUGCACUUGGAGGGUGGAGGUUGGUGCCUAUCUUUGGAUUCUUGCUCUUAUAGGAAAUCUACACUAUUAGGUUCAUCAAACUACAUGGAACGCCAGAUUUCCUUUGUUGGCAUUCUGAGUAGCAUCCCAUCACAAAAUCCUGGUAAAUACUGGGCUUUAAAAGAAUGGGUGAAUCUUAUGAAUAUAUGUGUAUUUAAUCAACACUAUUUUUUUAUCUUCAUGUUUGUAACUUCAUAUAUGCAGGAUAAUCCACUUUUUUAGCGACAAUAUUUUUUU